CUUUGCUGCUCCAUGGCAGAAGCCGACGCGGAAGGGGAGGUGCUGCGUGAGGUGAAGCGGUGCCUGGCGGGAUUCCCGGCCGAGGCAAGGGAGUUGUAUUUGACAGAGUUGGUGCCAUAUCUUGAUAGUCUUCCAUCUCCCCUGGAAUUCUACCGGGAAUGGGUUUGCCCAAACAAGCCAUGUGUGAUUCGGAACGCAUUCAACCACUGGCCAGCUCUAAAGAAGUGGACAUUAGCUUACCUGAGGGAAAUAGUGGGCUCCAAGUUGGUGAGCGUGGCAGUAACUCCAAAUGGUUACGCCGAUGCAGUUUAUCAGGACUUGUUUGUUAUGCCGGAGGAGCGACGCAUGCCGUUCAGUGCUUUCUUGGACAUUGUUGAGAAAAAAGUAACUUCUUCAGGGAUAUUCUACGUCCAGAAGCAGUGUUCGAACCUGACUGAGGAAUUCCCUGAACUUUUGGGUGAUGUGGAGCCUGACAUACCUUGGAUGAGUGAGGUGCUUGGAAAGAAUCCUGAUGCUGUGAAUUUCUGGCUGGGAGAAUCUGGUGCAGUGACAUCUUUACAUAAAGACCAUUAUGAAAACUUGUACUGUGUGAUCUCUGGAGAGAAACAUUUUCUACUGCAUCCACCAAGUGACCGUCCCUUCAUCCCAUAUGAGCUGUAUCCACCAGCAACCUACCACUUAUCAGAAGAUGGGUCAUUUGACGUGGUACAUGAGAAAACAGCAGAGAAGGUGCCCUGGAUCCCAUUGGAUCCCUUAAAUCCAGAUCUGGAAAGAUACCCAGAAUAUGCCCAUGCAAAGCCUUUGCAGUGCACUGUGAAGGCUGGAGAGAUGUUGUAUCUCCCUUCUCUUUGGUUCCAUCAUGUUCAGCAGUCACAUGGCUGCAUAGCAGUGAAUUAUUGGUAUGAUAUGGAAUACGAUCUAAAAUACUCUUAUUAUCAGCUUCUGGAUUCUCUCACAAAAGCUGUGGCACCGAAGUAACAUAGCCUUGGGAUUUUGGAGCAGCUAACCGUCUAUACCUGAUAUGGAAUUGUGGCUGGAAUUCUAAUACGCCGGCUGAUGCCAGCUGCGCCCCUUCCUAGAGUUAGAAGACUUAAAGAUGGUAGUGCACGCGCUGGUAACUUCGAGGC